AUGUCUCUUAAUCAAAUAGGUCGCUUUGGUUUGUGGAUUGCGAUACUUCUUCUUAUUUUUUAUGUUAUAUUAUCAGAUAUCCUUAUAAAAGACAACAAAUACUAUAUCUCGGCACGAAUACAUCUAUUUGACUAUUAUGGAACUAAACAAAGACUUGAUAAUUCAAUCAUAUCUUCUAUAAACAAUACAAAUCUACCAAAAAUACUUAUUGUAUUAGGUACACGUCCUGAAGGAAUCAAAUGUGCUCCUUUGAUUGCUGAAUUAAAAUCAGAUUAUUAUCGUUCAAAAUUUAAAGUUAUUGUACUUAGUACUGGUCAACAUCGACAUAUAUUACAGCAAGCUUUGAUUGCAUUUCAACAAAAAGUUGAUAUCAAUUUGGAUUUGAUGAUGUACAAUCAAAAAUUAUCUGAAUUAUUCAGUCGAGUAUUUUCUGGAGUUACUAAACAAAUCAAUACUAUUCGACCUAAUCUAUUGAUAGUGCAAGGUGAUACAACAACAGCACUUGCUUCUUCUUUAGCUGCUGCAUAUCAUCAUAUUCCGGUCGCACAUGUUGAAGCAGGUCUUCGUUCAUUUAAUCUAUCAAAUCCUUAUCCAGAAGAGCUCAAUCGUAAGAUAAUCGAUUCUUUUGCAAAACUUAUGUUUGCUCCGACGACAUUUGCCAAAGAAGUACUACUUCGAGAAGGUGCCUGUGAGACAGAUGUCUUUGUUACUGGCAAUACUGGUGUUGAUGCAUUCUAUGAAUAUCGCAAGCAAACAAAUACAACGAAAAAUGUUUCAAUAUUGAGAACUAUUGAUAAUUUUAAGAAAAAUUUUACGAAUGGAAUCAAUUCUACUGUGAUUCUUGUAACUAUGCAUCGACGAGAGAAUUUCGAAUAUUUGUUUGAUAUGUGUCGUGCUGUAGCAACUAUAGCGAAAGAACAUGAAAAGAAUGUACUGAUUAUUUUACCAAUUCAUCCCAACCCAAAUGUAAGAGAUGUUAUAUUAAAAACUUUAGACAGGUUACAAAAUGUAAAAAUUGUUGAUUCAAUAUCUUAUGAUAUAUUUGGACAUGUUUUAUUACAGGCGGAUAUUGUUAUGACUGAUUCAGGUGGAAUUCAAGAAGAAGCAGCUAGCAUUGGAAAAACUGUUAUAUUGAUGCGAAUGACUACUGAAAGACCUGAAGGAAUCUAUCUUGGUGCAAUUAAACAAAUAGGUAUCGUUUAUGAUGAAAUUGUACAAGCAGUUAAUCUAGAAUUGAAGAAUUUCAAAUCGAAAAAUCGAAUAUUACCAACAAAUAUUUUUGGUGAUGGAACAGCAUCGAAAAAAAUUGCUGCUAUCAUAGAUAAUUACUUUAACGAGAAGCAUAGGCCAAAUUUGAAAUGUACGACAAAAUUUCGUCAAGAUUCUAUUGCUCAAAUUGUUUAUUCUUAUUCAAAUCUAUCUUAUAGAAAUAUAUCAUCACAUACCGUUAGAAGAAACAUCAUGUAUAAUCUUACAAAAGUACGACCUGCUCUUACUCUCAAUGACUUGCUCAAAAUCCCUAGUCAAUACAAUAUAUCAAAGAAAAAUGAAGAAAUAUUUGCAGUAACUGCUAUCAUUGGCAUGUAUAAACGUGAAGGAUUAAUUCGAAGAUGGAUCGAAGCACUUCUUUUACAAACACAUGUACCAAAAGAGAUAUGGAUUAUUUAUUUUGCUUCACCUAUUGCACAUAAACUCGAGCUCGAAAUUGAAGAAAUACGAUCAUUGUUUAGUAAUGGAUCAAAUUAUUGUAAUGAAUGGUGUACAAAGAGAAUGUGCAAUAUAAACAUUACUACUGAUAAUAAGACUAUAUUUAAUUGUUUUGAGAAAUGUGUGACCUUGUGUAGGAAAUUACCGUCAAUUCUAUUCGUAGGCAUGGGAGAAAUGCAAUUGAAAUAUUUCGGAAGAUUUCAACUUGCUCUUCAGUGUCAAACAAAAUACGUAGUUAUUUUCGACGAUGAUUGUAUACCGCAAGCACGCUAUUUUGAAACUGCUUUAUAUACAAUUAAUACAGAACCAUAUCGAGGUAUUUUAGGAACUAAAGGUACUCCUGCAUCCGCUAAUUUUUUCUAUGGUCCUGUAUCCAGGAGUAAUACAAUAAUUGAAGCAGAUGUAGUUGGUGGAAGUUGGUUUAUGGAGAGUGAAUGGGUGAAACUUAUGUUUCGCGAUAAGAUGCAUUCAUGGAAUACUGGUGAAGACUUUCAUUUAUGUGCAAACGCACGUAAAUACGCUAAUGUAAGAAGUUUUGUUAUGCCAGUCGAUAAAAAUGAUAUUUCUACUCAUUCUUUCUCAAAAGAUUACCUAACCAUUAGUGAUAAAGGUGAUACUACUGGACGAGUGAUUGGAACUGCAUCAAGUAGAACAUAUAUCAAAGAUCAAUUAUGGUUACGAGGUGAUCGCUUAAUGAAUAACUACCAAAAAUCGAAACCAUCAUUACUAUUAUAUGCUGAAACACAUGAUGAUGCAAUGCUUUUAUUAUCAUCUACACGACAACAAAUGACUGAUAUUGGCGGUACGAUUCAUUUUGUCACUGCAAAUAUCAUGAAAACUGAUUUGAAAAAUAUUGAAAUAAAAAAAAUGGUUGAAUCAUUUCACGAUUUCAUGAUUGGUCGUGAUUAUGAUACAGACCCAACACCAAUCACUGCUGCUGCCGAAGUACUUUAUGCAUUUGACAUGGUUAUGCAAGGUACACAAAGUACAGCAGUGAUUAUUUUAGGUUCUUCAUCAACAGUAACCAUGUUUGCAUUGGUGUCGGCAGCAUUCUUAAGAAAUAUUCCAAUUGUCAACAUUUAUAUAGAAAAUAGUGUUAUCGAUCAAAGAACAGCAGAAGCUAUCUUGACAAUGUCUUCGGUUACUAUUUCAACUUUCUCUAAUCGAACCUUUAAUAGCUCGGAAUACCACCACCAGCUGAGUGAUUUGUUAGUUCAUCUGUAUAAAUAA